AUGUCAACACUCUUCAAAACUGCAGAAUCAGUUAAAAACAAGACCAGUGACAAAAAGUCGAAGGACAAGAGAAUCAACAAGCAAAGAGUUUUGAUGCUCUCUUCCCGUGGCGUUACUUCACGUUAUCGUCAUUUACUGACAGAUCUUGAAGCGUUAUUGCCUCACUCGAAGAAAGAUGCUAAGCUUGACACCAAGAAUAACCUCUACAUUUUGAAUGAAUUAGCCGAUCUUAAUAAUUGCAACAACGCCGUCUUUUUCGAAAUGAGAAAGAAGCAAGAUUUGUAUCUUUGGAUGGCCAAGACACCUAAUGGCCCUUCUGUUAAAUUUCACCUUCAAAAUUUGCAUACUAUGGAUGAACUCAAGAUGACCGGCAAUUGUUUGAAGGGCUCUCGACAUAUCUUAUCUUUUGACAAAACAUUUGACAGUGCACCUCAUUGGGGGCUUUUGAAAGAGUUGUUAUCUCACAUUUUCAACGUACCUAAGGGAUCCAGACGCUCAAAGCCUUUCAUCGAUCAUGUCUUGUCAUUUUCUAUCGUAGAUAAUCGUAUUUGGUUCCGAAAUUAUCAAAUCAGCGAAAAGAAUGCCGAUAACACAUCUGAUUUUGAUCGACGAACUGAUAAAGGCGAACUUCAAUUGACAGAAAUUGGUCCUCGUUUCUGUCUUACACCUAUUCGUAUCUUUGAAGGCUCAUUUGGUGGACCUACAGUUUACGACAACCCAGAAUUUAUUCAUCCUAACUUUGUACGUGCUGCUAUUCGUAAAGAGAAACUUGAAAAAUACAGUAUCAGACAAAAAAAUAUGUCCGAACGUGAAGCCAGAAUGAAGAUGGCUGAAGAGAGUAAAGAAACCGACGUUAGUGAUAAGAGAGUAUUUCAAUAA